AACCCAAACCGAAACUCCUUCCGCCUGGCUAUAUAAAAAGCAUUGUUGGCAUCUCGGGACCGGCAGUAGGAAAAUCGAAUUGACCGCGUUACCGUCUCCGUCUCCGCCGCAGUCGGUCGUCAUCGAGAUCAUCAUCGCUCGAUUAUCGCAUUCAUCAUCAUCACGUCAUCGUAUCGUCAUCGUUAAACGAUCGGAUCAAUUGAUUGAUCGAUCGCACGUGCGAAGGAUUAAAGCAAUGAGAAAAUCGACAAUUCCCCGCAUUCAUACAAUGGCCGCCUUGGGCCUCCUCCUACUAGUUGGAGUGCACGGGACGACGAUAAUAAGCAUCAAGUACCCGGAGAAGCCAACCGAAGUGAUUGUGGAUCCCCAGCCGGCCAAGAGGGACCUCAGUUUGAGCUACGCAGCCACCAACAUUGACUCCAAGGAGGGAACCCGUGUGAAGACUAUCACGGUGAUCAAGAAUGUGGGUGGCAUUUCAGCGCCCGAAGAAGCUGCGGCCCUGGGAUCUCCCGUCACCAAAGGUAGUCACAAUCACAAGCAGCAGCCGAAGCUAAUCAUCGAUCCAAAGCUGCACAAAAGCGAGGAGUGGGCGACUGCCUUCCGGGAUAACUUUGAUUCCUAUGGAUCAUUGCCCGAUGUGCCAGAUAUAGACGACCUGUUCGAGUUUGUGAAUCGCAAGAAGCCCGAGGGUGAAAAGAAGGAGGAGACGGUGGUGCCCAGUCAGAAGGAGGUGAAGGUGGAGGUGCCAAAGGAGGUGGCUAAGCCGGCGGAGGAGGAGACCACCACCAAGAAGGCAGAAGCCAGUGAGCAGAGCGAGCAGCACAGCAUCGAUAGCGACGAGGCGGUGGUCGAGAAGAUCAAGGGCGAUGCCGAGCUGUUGCCGCACAUCAAGCAGGCCAAUAUCCUGCGUCUCCAGGCGGCCCAGGCCCAAUCCCGUUCGGGUUUACGCACCAAGGAAUCCCUCAUUGCCGUCAACUACUCCACGCCGAUGCACCAGGUGAGCCAGUACUUCGACAACUACGUCCAGGCGGUGCCCAAUGGCUAUGACUACUCCAAGCCCUGCAACGCCUUAACGCCUGGGAAUAGUAUCCCGGUGACGACGCCCUCGGGCCGCCACUACGACAUCCCGCAGAGUAACAGCAGCGGCACUGGUGGCGGCAAUCAUCCGUACUUGGCUCCAUCGCUCACCAAGAAGACGCAGAUUACUCCACAGCCUCCGAUUCAGCAGCCUCCGCAGCCGGCUCCCAAUUUCUCCUCCUCCGUCAACUCGAUAGUGCCGCCCAUAGUGAGGCAGCAGCCACCGCUGGGCAAUGUGAAUCCUCCACAGCAGCCGCCUCAGGUGGUGACUCCUCCUCCUCUUUUGGGAACCGGCGGAAUCUCCACCAGCCAGCGUCCCUAUGUGGCGCCCAGGUUGCGAAACAAUGGCCUGGGCAUCAGUCGGGCUCCCAGCGGCAAUAGCAACAGCAAUUCAGGGAGUCCGGUUCAGUUUCCCGGGAACAAUAAUCCCACCCAGCAGACGCAGAAUUUCCGACCCGGCAACUUUGGAGGGGGAGCAAAUCGUCCCAAUACGCUGCGAUCGCGUGGUUUAAAGUAUUGAGCACUUAAACUAGAG